AUGUUGCUAUUCAUUGUAUAUAUAGAGAGCAACACAGUUAAAGAUAAUGUCACUGAUACAGUUUCCAAAAAGGCAUCCGAUGCAACCUUAUUUGAUCACGAUUAUGCAUUGGACAAGAACUGGAUCGAAAAGAAUGGUACUGAUUGCCAGAAUCGAAUGCCAUUGCCUUAUUCUAUGUCGACAAAUACGAUUCAGCAAGCAUUGCAACGUGCCAAAUCUCAUGAUGCAUCAUCCCUCAUAAACGUUGACGAUCAUUAUGACAUGCUAACUCUACCAAAAAGAGUAACUGCACAAGAUGUCAAUGCAACUAACAAGCAGAAGAUGCGAAUGCAAAGAUGGAGACUGAUUAACUAUGAGAAGCAAUUUAUGUCGCAGAUCAAUGAAUCAUUGCUUCCACCAGUUUUAAGAAACAGUAAACGGGUGUCAGAGGAUAAUGAGAAAGACAUGCAGGGGUUGGAGCAGAUUAGUGGAUUUAAACCGAAAAAGAUACGUUCAACCAUGACUUUAGAUGAAUGGGAUCUUAGCGAAUACAACAAAAUGAGAAAAAUAUCUGGUUACACUAUUGUUCCUGGUAUGCACCACUUUGUAAGUGACACAAAUUUGUGCAAAAAGACACUUGACACCAAUGUUGAGCACUUGUUACCACCAAAGGAGUCCCCAGUAGACAAUAUCGACCAUUUGAGCGACAUCGAAACCAACAAUAUUCCAUCGUUGGAUAGAGAUUUCAGCUAUCCAUCAAACCAAAGUGAAUGUGCACCAUCCCUUCACACUUUUAGAAAAGAAAGUUCCAAUUCACAAAAUACCCAACUAAGUGACGAUACCAAUCAAGUACAAACUCAAACAAUCUCACCACAUCCUUUACCAGAACCCACAACACCGCCACCACCACCAUCGAGUGAACUGAUGACAAACUCCAAGAACAACUCACCAAUUAAAAAGUUUCUCACUGAUAGCCCGAGAAAGAUUUUUCGAUCAAACACAGCAGUAUUUCAUCAACGUCACAACCAUUCAAAUUCAAUUGCAUCCAAUUCUUACUCUCUCAUGUCGGGUGUAUCUUCGAGAUCGAGAUCAUCAUCGCCAAAGAAAUUGAAAUCGUACUUGAAAAUCCACAAACAUAGUUUAAGCGUGCCGAAUUUUGCAAUCAACAAGUCAUCAUCACAACAACUGACUUCGCCACUCCCUUCACCACAACAUUCGGAAUACUUCUCUGUCAACUCAACCAAGCUUGUUGAGCCAAUAGAUUUGUGGGAGAUACAGACGACAAACUUUGCUUUUGAGGAUGCAGAUGAGCAGCAGUCGUUAAGUGAGCCUAAGAAUGAGGGGGAAACGAACGAUGGUUCCAGAGUCAGCUCUUUACCAAGUCAGGCUAUAGGGGAGUAUGAUCGGGAAAAAUGGAGGGCCAUCAAAUUGUGUCAAGCCGGGGAGGAUAUAGGUAGACCAUGUGUAUAA